GCUUUCCAUACUGUUCCAGACGUUACUGUUGUUCCUUCUGAAGCCACCAUGAAGCUGAGCAUUGUGAUCUCCAUCUGCGCUCUACUUUACUUCUCUGGUCACACUUUGGCCACGUCAAGACGUAGGAUCAGGGUUGAUUGUCAUCAGUUUAAGAGCUACGGUUCUCAUUGCCCUGAGGAAUACAAGCCUCUCUGUGGGUCCGACGGCGUCACCUAUGCUAAUGACUGCAAGUACUGCGCUGCCUGCCGAGAAAAAGGAAGUAGGAUUUUGGUCCGUCAUCGCGGGGAAUGUAAAGAGAAGAAGCAGCAGCCUCUUGAAACUGAACCUUUAUCUGUUGAUUGUCAACAGUUUAAGAGCUACGGUUCCUAUUGCACUCUGGAGUACAACCCUCUCUGUGGGUCCAACGGCGUCACCUAUUCUAAUGACUGCAACUUCUGCGCUGCCAAACGAGAAAAAGGAAGUAGGAUUUUGGUCCGUCAUCGCGGGGAAUGUAAAGAGAAGAAGCAGCAGCCUCUUGAAACUGAACCUUUAUCUGUUGAUUGUCAACAGUUUAAGAGCUACGGC